AUGGUAACCAUUCGAGCCGACGAAAUUAGUAAUAUUAUCCGUGAACGUAUUGAACAAUAUAAUAGAGAAGUAAAGAUUGUAAAUACUGGAGAUGAAGCUUCUCAAACAAUUUCCAAGAAAUCCAAGAAGCCUCAAUAUUCCAGAUUUACUCAGCAGGAACUUCCUGCUUGCAAACCAAUAUUAACUCCCGGAUUGGUCAUAACAACUUUAAUCUCCAUUGGCAUCAUAUUUGUUCCUAUCGGCCUCGGUUCCUUGUCUGCAUCAGAGCAUGUGGUGGAAAUUGUCGACCGAUAUGAUGAUGCUUGUAUUCCUUCAAAUGGAGACGACGAGGCAGCAAAGCGUGAGAGGCUUUCAUUCAUCCAGAACGCGAAAACAAAUAAAACCUGUAUCAGGAAUUUAGUUGUUCCAAAGAAGAUGAAGCAUCCCAUUCAUGUAUAUUAUCAGCUUGACAACUUCUAUCAAAACCAUCGAAGAUAUGUAAAAAGUAGAAGUGAUAGGCAAUACCGGAGCCCCGGGUCCGAGGGAGAUACAAAGACUUGUGCUCCUGAGUCUGAAGUCGAUGAUCACAGACCUAUUGUUCCAUGCGGCUUAAUUGCUUGGAGUUUAUUCAACGAUACAUAUGGGAUUUCGACCAAAGACAAUCCCAUACCAAUUAACAAGAAAGAUAUUGCAUGGCAAAGUGACAAGAACUCUAAAUUUGGGUCUAAUGUCUAUCCUAAAAAUUUCCAAAAGCAAGAUCCUGUCGGGGGUGGAAAACUUAAUGAAAGCCUGCCAUUGAGUGAACAAGAGGAUCUUCUUGUUUGGAUGAGAACUGCAGCAUUGCCCAAUUUCAGAAAGUUAUAUGGGAGGAUAGAGACUGACUUGGAAGCCGAUGAGAAGAUAACAGUAGUAAUACAAAACAAUUAUAAUACAUAUUCUUUCGACAGCAAAAAACAGCUAGUACUUUCCACAACUACUUGGAUUGGUGGGAAAAAUGACUUUCUUGGCAAGGCCUAUAUCUCUGUUGGUGGAACUUGCUUGUUCCUUGCAAUAGCUUUCAUAUUAACUUAUGUCAUCAAGCCUAGGCCUUUGGGGGACCCAGCCUACUUGUCUUGGAAUCUAAAUUCUGCAACGCGCUAAUUAUAGAACUUGCUACACAGAUCCCUGCCAAAUUACUCACAGUGCGGGCCCCGACAUUUUUUUUCAUGUGGGACCGACCCCUACAAUGAGGGGUCGGUAAAUCCCCCGUAGGAAACCUAUUUUUUAAUCUGUCUAAUUCUAGUGGUCAUUUUACUAAUAUAUUGAGGGAAAUUUCGCACGUUGAAUUAGAGAAAAAUCGAUAAAAUUAAGAGAGUAUUGUGACAAUAUUUGAUAGUUGUAUUGUUCAAUUUUACAAGACUAAGUGUAUAAAACAUGCCAUGAAUUAUCAACCGUGCAAAACAAUA